GUAAGCUGUAUACACACGCUUCCUUGUAGAAACAGCCAAAAGUUGUGAGUCGCUCUCUGGAGAGUCACGGCCGUUUGCAGACGGACAGUUUAGGUGAACGCAAUGGGGAAAAUAGAGUGGGCAAUGUGGGCCAAUGAGCAGGCUCUGGCGUCGGGACUCAUUCUCCUCACUGGAGGCAUUGUGGGGGUUGCUGGACAGUUCAGAGGCUGGCAGUUUGCUGCUUAUGCAGUCGCUGCUGGGGUGUUUGUGUGUCUACUUGAGUACCCCAGAAGCAAGAGGUCCAAGGGCACUAGUAUGGAAAGAACGGGCCAGUACUGCUUCACUGUGUGUGUCAAAUCCUUUGGCCCAUUGACUAGGAACUACUAUGUCAGAGCAUUUCUACAUGCUGCACUUUGUGUACCUGGAGGUUUUAUGCUCGCUACUGUCCUCGGAUGUGUCUGCCUCGGCAUUGCCAGCCUCAUCUACCUUGUGGCUGCUAUCCGAGGUGAACACUGGGAGCCCAUUCUUCCAAGAAAGGAGACCCGAACACCAGUUGGAGAGAGCAUCAAGAAUCCUCCUCAGAAUCCCCCACCAAGACCUCCUCCAGAGAUGCGCAGGAAACGGGUAGAGGACCUGGAGGGAGCAGCCUAUGACAACCCCAUCUCUGUCACUGCCAACGAGUAACCAAACCAGUACCCUGACCUCUGUAUCCCUUCACCUGUCUGCCGGAGAUCUUUGAUCAGUUAAAUCCAUCAAAACCAGUCACAGGGGGACAACACCAGAUUGUCUGAUUCUGGAAAUAAUGAGUAGUUUUCAGGAAGUUUAGUGAAGAUAAUGACUGGACUACAGGUUGGGUCUGUACCUUCAUACCUCAGCCUGCAUAUAGAAACAUGUUGUAUUGAGAAUUCAGAGGAUGGGUGCAGUCAAUGUGAUAUUUUACUUUUGAAGAGAAAUCAUGCCACAGGAGGUAAAUGUUAAUGCUAGAUGCUAAGUGGCAACCACUAAAUAUUAUUAAAUAUAAAGUCAAAAGACUGGGUGAUGUUUUUUUUUUUUUUAUACCAACUACCAUGUAUUUUAAGCUGUGGUGCAUCCACUGAAUUGUGUUGCCAUACAUAGAUCUCAGAAUAUAUUGUAUUAUGUACUUACUCUCGGUUCUUAACCCCUGUGUAUUUGUGUAUUUCUUGAAGUCAACUGAUCAAAAUACUGUAGGACUACUACAUUUUGUGUCUGUACUUUGACAUCUUGUAAAUCCUUGUGAAUCCUGAUGUGUCUUGUGUUUGUGCUUUCAUAUGUCUUGUAGUUUAAAAGUUUUCUAUUGAAAUUAUUUUAAGUUAUGACAUUUGCAACUUCCUCCUUUCGCAAACACACAGAAUUUCAAUAUACCAGAAUCUCCCUUCCUCGUCUCGUUUCUUUUUCACAUGGUUUGUCACAAUGCCAUUCUUUGUGGGCUUAAGAUGGGAAGAUGAUGUUAGAUAAAUACAUCUGCUUUCAUUGCUUGUUGUCAAAGACAUUGUGCUGUGGUGUCGAUCUUUUCCUGAUAUUUCAAGGUUAUCUUUUUGUUAAGCAGCUUGAGUCUGUGUGGAAACCACAGAGGUAGAAUGGAACUUCCUUUUAACUUACUUUUAGGUUUGUGGGGCUGUAAUAUGUGAGACACACCAACAAUGUACAGUACUAAUUGGAUUUACAUAUCAUUGUAUAUUAAUGCCUCUGAUGAAUACUUCUAAGUUACAUUCCUGUACUGUCUUACUUAUGUACAAUCUGUUAGGGUUUUUUUAUUUUUGUUUUUAUUUUUCUUUAUUUUUUUUUUCCAAUAAUCAACCUAAGAUGUCAUUUUCUAAAUUGAGUGUAUUUUCCGAAGGGGGUCCAUUAACAUGUACAGACAGGAGCGAUGUUUCACACAAUCCCCUCAACCUGUCCUACUUGCUGUACAAAGCUUUUCCAUUAUUUCACCUGGUGCUUUAUCUUAAAUGAAUCACAGCCACUG